AUGGCGGCUUUCGACCGGUACAUGGCCUUCCGCAACUUCGACGGCCCGUCAGGUUUGGCGCUGGGGCUGGAGGAGAUCGACCGCAAGAGUUCUGGCAGCUGGAUGCAGAGGCAGCUCUCCAAGCUGAAGAGCUCGUCCAGCUCGGACUCCAGCUCCAAGUCCAAGAAGGCAAAGAAGAAGGCGAAGAAGGAGAAGAAGAAGCUGAAAAAGGAGAAGAAGAAGCUGAAGAAACAGCAGAAGAAGUCGGCAGACAAGGGCGAUGCCAGCUCUUCGAAGGAGCUUCAGCAUGAUGCGCAGACCAACGACAAAGGCAUGAGCGGGUUCCGGAUGCAAGCAGAGAGGAACGCCCUUUCCGUCCCCACUGUCCUGGGGCUCUCUGUAUUUUCUGUUGCUUGUUUUGGACAUCGCACAUUUUGA